AAACAAUUAGACCCAGUGAGUGAAAUGAAAAGUCAAAACCUCAGUGAGCAAAUGUAAGAUAGAGUGAACAGAAAACGUUUCCCGCGGUUCUGUUUAUUGGAGUUGUUGUUGAUGGAUAGAUAUUUCUCUAAACUGUUAGUGUUGAUAACAUCCCGCAAUGCCUGCUGAUCAAAUUCAAUACUCGGAAAGAUACUGUGAUGACGUCUAUGAAUACAGACAUGUCAUCCUGCCUCCUGACAUAGCGCGCCUGGUCCCCAAAUCUCAUCUGAUGACGGAGACAGAAUGGCGCAACCUUGGUGUGCAGCAGAGCCCCGACUGGCUGCACUUCAUGGUGCACCGGCCCGAGCCUCAUGUGCUUCUGUUCCGGAGACGACGAGAACAAGACUUCCCACAAGCUGAACAAACAAGUGAUAUUAAUAGGCAUCAGGAAUCUAAAGUAACCGCUAGUAAUGCCUAAAUUCUGUUAACUUAGUGAUUAGGUAAUCCAAUGCUUGUUUACCUAAAGUUCUAUUAAAUAUUUAAUAGUUAAUUUACAAACUGAUGUCACUAAUGAUGGAAUUUGUAGACGUGCCACAACUAUUAGCAUGUAGAAAAAGUUGUGGCUCCAUGUUGAACUUUGUAGUUAGAACAUAAAAGUUGUCAGAAAAACUACUAUUACUACGAUUACUAGCUUAUUUUCUAUUUAUUUUCUUUUGUAUUCCAUGUUAGUCAAUAUUGACCUUUAAGUAAGCAUGCAUACAAGUAGUUGCCUGAUCACUAUUUAGUUAGUUUACUAUUAGUAAUAAGAGUUCCUUGUUUUUUUAUUUAAAUAAAAGAUGUUUAACAAUUAAAGUUAACUAAGAUCUACUUAUUUAGUAAGUAUUAGGCAACUAAAGGCUGAAUGAUUGCUAAUUAAUAGAGACUUACUUCCAAUUUCAUACUGAUUCGUACAACUUUAUUAUAAAAAAAGACAAAUAAUGUAGAUAUCUUUGUCAACAGACAGCGUACUGUCAGGACAUUAUUCAAGUAGUUGUGAUUGUAUUUCAUAAUACAAAUUUUUUUGGACACUUUUGUAUAGUCUACCAGUUAUAGACAUUGUAAUAAAAGUGUCCUUCUAUUUUUGUUAUAUUUAAUAAAACAUUAUUUAGAAA